GAGCCACCAAAAAACAGAGCUAAAGAAUGGGUGGACACAAAGGAUCCAUCAUCGCAGCCGUUGCGCUGCUGGUCGCCUGUGCCGCUCCAGCGACCGCCGAACUGAACGUGACCGCCUUGUGCCUGCUGGUCAGCAAUGGAAACUACGUGGCCAGCCUGGACUGCUCCACGUACUACCAGUGCCAGGGAUCCUCGUACACGGCCAUGUCCUGUCCUACCGGCUACUACUUCGACAAGAAUGCCCAGCAGUGCACGGGUACUGCGCCAAGCACCUGCACCAGCAGCACCAAUCCUUGUCUGGGCAAGGCGGUGGGCACCUUUGCCGCAUCCCCUUCGUCCUGCGGUGGCUACUACUAUUGCGGAGCCUCCGGCGCCGUGAGUGGCAGUUGUCCUGCCGGCGAGAACUUCAAUCCCACGACCAUGGCCUGUGUGUACAAGAACAAUUAUCCCUGCUCGGAGUCCAUUAGCGGAGACAGUGCCUCGGCCUCGUCGGUGACCCUCAACCUGUGCAAUCUGGUCAAGGAUGGCGUCUACUUCGGCAGUCCCUCGAACUGCAGUCGUUGGAACUUCUGCCAGGACAACGUCCUGCACUCGGGAACCUGCGAGGCUGGACUGGUCUUCAAUGUGCAGGCCUCCAACUGCGGCUACAAGACGGCAUCGUCCUGCUCCCAGGUGACCAACGAUCCAUCUCUGACCGGAGUGGUCACGAACCCCACCACCUGCACCUCGCCGGGAUCGAUGAUCGCGGCCACCGCUUGCAAUCAGUACUAUAUUUGCUCCUCCAGCCUCAACUACCAGCUGAUGACCUGCCCCUCGGGAUACUUCUACGACACCAUCUCUAAGGCCUGUGUGACCAGGAUGAGCGCCAGGAACAACUGCGACAGGUGUGUGGGCACCACCGCCAGCUUCGUGAACGCCUACUCGAGCAGCAACUGCUCCGACUACCUGUACUGCGUGAACGGUGUCCAGAAGGCCGUGGAGAGCUGUCCCACCAACUACUACUUCAACGAGAACCUCGGAUCCUGUGUCAACGGUGUGGAGCCCAAGUUCCUGUGCUGCAACCCCACGGGAAGCAGCGGAACUGCGACCACCGCCGCUCCAUCCACUUCGGAUGGAUCAUCUUCUAGCUCUUCGGGAUCAUCUUCCAGCGGAACCUCCACCGGAACCUCUACUGGUACUUCCACCGGAACCUCUACGGGAACGUCCACCGGAACCUCUUCGGGAACCUCCACAGGAACCUCUACGGGAACAUCCACUGAUACUUCUUCAAAAACCGAUUCCUCCACCGGAACCUCUACGGGAACCUCCACUGAUACUUCUUCAAAAACCGAUACCUCCAGUGGAACCUCUACGGGAACCUCCACUGAUACUUCUUCAAAAACCGAUACUUCCAGUGGAACCUCUACGGGAACAUCCGAUAAAACAUCUACAGGAACUUCAACUGGAACUACAAAAUAAUCGAUUAGGCUCUUUUGCACUAGAAAAUAUAUUAUAUAUAAUCCAGCAAACAAUAAAAUAAAUUACUUCG